AUGGCCAUGGCUUCUUUCCUAGUAGCUUUGGUGCAUUUGGCUCUAUUGCCAUCAGCGUUUGAAGGUGCAUAUUAUGGACACAAACCACAUCCUCAACAACAUCAACCCUUACCACAGAUGCCUCAUAUGGGCAUGGGAAAGGAUAUGUCACACAUGCCAUAUCCACACUACAAAAAAGACCUACCAAUGCACCUAAACAAAGGCAAAGAUAUCAAAGGUGAAACCAUUCCCAGAGGUGAGCAGGGUGUUCAAGGAGAGACUGGACCGCAAGGGCCCCCUGGUCCACCUGGGCCUCAAGGUAUUGGUAUACAAGGCCCUCUUGGAAAGCCAGGACCUCCUGGUCCUCCAGGAUUUCCGGGAGUUGGUAAGCCAGGAAUGCCAGGUAUGCCCGGGAAGCAAGGAGGUAUUGGGCAGCCUGGACAGCAAGGUGAACAGGGACCCAGAGGUGAAGAGGGACAACCAGGCGUGACUGGGCCACCCGGCCCUCCUGGACCCCCCGGCCUGCCAGGAAUAGGAAAGCCUGGUGGACAAGGAUUACCAGGACAGCCAGGGGCAAAGGGAGAGCCAGGACAUAAAGGUUUUCCUGGUCUCCGAGGGUUACCUGGACCUAAAGGAGACAGAGGAAUUGGACAACCAGGCCCACAAGGGCCAAAAGGGCCGAUUGGGCCACUUGGCCCCCCAGGGCAGGCAGGAUUACCGGGGGUCAGUAAGCCUGGCCUUCCUGGUGUAGCAGGUCCACCUGGUAUGCCAGGAAAACCCGGAGAGCCUGGGGAGCCAGGUCCAGAGGGUUCACCUGGUGGACAAGGCCUACAAGGACCACAAGGAGCCCCUGGUAUUGGAGUUCCAGGAGAAAAAGGAUUACCAGGACAGCCAGGUGCACCUGGCCACAAAGGAUUACAAGGACCACCAGGGUUGCCUGGGAAACCUGGAUUACCUGGAAUUGGCAAACCUGGAUACCCUGGCCCAAAGGGUGACAAAGGGAUGGGAGGGCUUCCUGGUCCUCAAGGACCAAAAGGAGACAAAGGUUACGCUGGUCAACCAGGCAUGACGGGUCCCCCUGGUCAAACUGGUCCUCCGGGCCCUCCAGGAACAUUGGGGGCACCAGGAGGAAUUGGUUCCCCAGGACUUAAAGGAGAGGGAGGGGCAGAAGGAGCCAAGGGAGAUCCUGGACCUAUGGGACAGCUAGGUCCUCCAGGAUUUCCUGGUCAACCAGGCCUCCAAGGUGAAGAUGGAGAACCUGGGCCAAGAGGACAACCAGGACCCAUAGGUCCCAAAGGUGAAGGAGGAAGCAGAGGUCUGCCUGGUCCCCCAGGUUCAUCUGGCUUACCUGGUCUUAAAGGAGAACCUGGUCAGACUGGCCCUGAAGGACCACAGGGUCCUAAAGGUAUUCCAGGACUUGCAGGUCCAGGAGGACCAAUUGGUUCUCCUGGACCCUCCGGGCCAAAGGGAGAAGCUGGUCCACCAGGUCAAGCUGGUCCGCCUGGUGAAGGCAUUGCUGGAAUCCCUGGUCGUGUUGGUCCAGCAGGUCCACCUGGCCCAAAUGGAUCCCCAGGUCAGCCAGGACUCCCAGGUCCAGCGGGGCCUCCUGGACCCCCAGGCCCCCCUCCUUCUCCUGACCUGAUGAGUGUUCUUCCUGAGAUGGGCCCUGCCAUAGAUGGUAUAAAAACUGGUGGGUACAAGAAAGGGAAGUAUGCAGGUGGGGGUAAUAUGAUGGGUGCCAAUGGUCUGGAGAUGCCUGCUUUCACUGCCAAAUUGACCACACCAUUCCCUCCAGUUGGCACGCCAAUAGUGCUUGACAAAUUACUGUAUAAUGGGCGUCAGAAUUACAACCCUCAGACCGGUGUGUUCACCUGUGACCUCCCAGGCAUAUACUAUUUUGCCUAUCAUGUGCACUGCAAGGGUGCCAAUGUAUGGGUUGGGCUCUACAGGAAUGGGGAGCCACUUAUGUAUACAUAUGAUGAGUACAAGAAGGGAUACCUGGAUCAAGCAUCUGGGAGUGCUGUGAUUCCAUUACAACCAGGAGACACAGUUUAUUUACAGUUACCAUCUGACCAGGCAGCUGGAUUUUAUGCAGGACAGUAUGUCCACUCUUCCUUCUCUGGCUUUUUACUGUACCCAAUGUAG